AUGUUGAGGAACUACUCUAGUGCCACUGAAUUUUAUCUCCUUGGCUUUCCUGGGUCCCAAGAACUACGCCAUGUCCUUUUUGCCACCUUCUUGCUCUUCUACUCAGUGGCAUUAAUGGGAAACUCAGUCAUUAUCACUAUUGUCUGUGUUGAUAAGCGUCUGCAGUCUCCCAUGUAUUUCUUCCUUGGUCACCUAUCUUUCCUGGAGAUUCUGGUCACAACCAUUACUGCACCCAUUAUGCUCUGGGGUUUGCUGCUCCCUGGGGUGCUGAAAAUAUCAUUGACUGCCUGUAUUGCUCAGCUGUUCUUAAACCUUGCUAUGGGGACCAUCGAGUUCACAUUACUGGCAGCGAUGGCUGUGGACCGUUAUGUGGCUGUCUGUAACCCUUUGAGGUAUAACAUCAUCAUGAACAGUCGCACCUGCACCUGGAUAGUGAUUGUGUCGUGGGUGUUUGGAUUCCUUUUUCAGAUCUGGCCCGUCUAUGCCACGUUUCAGUUUACCUUUUGCAAAUCCAAUAUAGUAGACAAUUUUUACUGUGACAGAGGGCAAUUAAUGAAACUCUCCUGUGAUGAUACAUUGUUCACUGAGUUCAUCCUCUUCUUAAUGGCUAUUUUUGUUCUUUUCGGUUCUUUGAUUCUUACGAUCAUCUCCUACACCUACAUCAUCUCCACCAUCCUCAAGAUCCCCUCAGCCUCUGGCAGGAGGAAAGCCUUCUCCACCUGUGCCUCCCACUUCACCUGUGUCAUCCUUGGUUACGGCAGCUGCUUGUUCCUCUAUGUGAAGCCCAAGCAAACUCAGGCAUCUGACUACAAUAAGGUUGUUUCCCUGAUGGUUGUCGUGGUGACCCCUUUUCUCAACCCUUUCAUCUUCACCCUCCGGAAUGAAAAAGUCAUAGAAGCUCUGCAGGAUGGGGUGAAACACUGCUGCCACCUUUUCAGGAAGUAG